AUGGUCCAAAGUCAGACCCCUUACCAGGUUCCGAACAGACAACCUAAUACGGCAAACCGAGGUAAUCAAAGGGGGAGAGGCGGCAGAGGAGGAGCCCCAAGAAGGGCAGCAGCAGAAACAGAGCACACGGUUGUCAGGGGACGCACUUAUGGCAAACAAAUCUCUACCACGGUUGUCCACCAUCAGACCGACAUCCCGGAGUCAUCGUGCAGGAAUGACAUGGACGUCGAACUCCUCGGUGACCCACCCGAUAUCCCCAGAGGUGCCGCUUCCAAAUCGUUCAAGCGCACCCUAUCUUAUUUUUGUCGUAAAUUUCACCCUGAUGUGGUUUGUCUCUUUGAGCCAAAAGUUUCAGGCACACAUGCUAAUAGGAUUUGCAGCAGCUUUGGUUUCGAAGAUUGGAUUCGAGUGGAAGCUGUUGGAUUCUCCGGCGGCAUAUGGGUUAAAGAUGGUCUAUCCUCACCCUGGGUGUUUUCUGCAGUAUAUGGUAGCCCAAAUCUCCCUUUGCGCAAAAAAUUAUUCACUGACCUGUCUGCUAACAUUUCUGACCCCCACUCCUGCUGGCUUAUUUGUGGAGAUUUUAACUCUGUUACCAAUAGGGACGAAGUUAGCAAUACCGAGAGCUUCAUGUCAUCUAGAUGUGCAGAUUUUGUAGAUUGGAUCUCUAGGGAAGGCCUAAUCGAUCUAGGGUUUGAAGGGCCAAAAUUCACAUGGACAAGAGGCAAGAAUACGACAUCAUAUAAAGCCGCUAGACUUGAUCGGGCCUUAUGCAAUGGCGAAUGGAAAUUGAGGUUCCCUAACGCAAAAGUCGAGCAUCUCCCAAGGUUAAACUCGGACCACAUACCGCUGUUAAUCUCCUGCAACCCGGCCACAACCUCAUACGAGUGUAAGAAAUUCAUAUUUAAUUUCGCUUGGACAAUCCAUAAGGACUUUCGCAGUUGUGUCCGUGACUCAUGGCUACCUAAUAGAGAUCUGGAAGAUAACAAGACGGCAAUGGCAGUCGCACUAAUAGAAUGGAACAAGAGAAGCUUUGGGAACAUUUUUCAGAGAAAGAAACGACUUAUGGCCAGGCUAAAAGGAAUUCAAACUCAUUUAUCGCUUCAUGUUAGACAGGAUCUUAUCAAUCUUGAAAAGAAGCUGAGCAAAGAACUGGAAAUUACACUUCACCAAGAAGAGCUGGUCUGGUUCCAGUGA